AACUAACUAGUAAAGAGAUAAAGAAACCAAAGGAAAUAUGACUACACGGAAGAGGAUUUGGUCGGAUUAGUGCCAAUCAAGCGAAAACUUGUCCACAAGGGCAGAAGUAUGGCAUGUUCAGUGGUGAGGCGCUGGCCGCUCCUAAUUCUGGGUUUUGCUAUCGGAACGCGCGCGCAAGAGUACGAUUAUGGCGAUGCGGACUACCUCGACCCGCUACUUGAUAACGGUCUUAGGCUUAGCCCUGACACUCUGGGUGUUUUUGAUUCGUUCGGGCUACCUUUCGCCAACCCAGUAACAUUUCGAAGACAUGUGCAAAGACCUCAGCGGAGACCGAAUGUGAUUGUCAUCCUUGCCGAUGAUAUGGGAUGGAACGACGUGUCAUUUACUGGUUCGAGUCAGAUUCCAACGCCGAACCUGGAUGCCCUUGCUUCCUCCGGCGUUAUGCUUCACCACCAUUACGUUCAACCCUUGUGUACACCUUCCAGGGCGGCCCUUCUCACAGGGAUGUACCCCAUCAACACGGGGAUGCAGCACUACGUGAUUCGGAGCCGUGAGCCCUGGGGCCUUCCGCUUGAUAUCAAGCUUCUGCCGCAGUAUCUUAAGGAACUUGGCUAUUCGACGCAUAUCGUUGGAAAGUGGCACUUGGGCCAGUUCCGUGAGGAAUAUUUGCCAACGAGAAGGGGCUUUGACUCACAUCUUGGGUACUACAACGGAUACAUUGAUUAUUUCUCUCAUAAUCAUACGUUUCAACAAUACAAUGCGCUAGACUUUUUCCUGAAUGAGAAGCCAUACCUGACUGAUGAGUACGCAACUCGUGUAUUUACCCGCCGCGCCCAGGAAAUCAUCAGGGACCACGAUGUUAACCAGCCACUUUUCCUUUAUUUUGCCCAUCUUGCGGUUCAUAGAGCUACAGAUAAGGACCCGUUUCAGGCUCCACAGGAGACAAUCAACAAAUUUUCGUACGUAGGAGAUAGGAACCGUACGACGUUUGCUGCAAUGUUGAAAGAGCUGGAUAUUUCGGUGGGUCAAGUUGUGGACGCCCUAGCCCGAAAAGGUAUUCUCGAUAAUACCGUGAUUUUAUUCUCAUCCGACAAUGGGGGACAGGCUACAGCACCUAUGGAAAACACCGGGUCUAACUUCCCCCUUCGGGGACAGAAGAGGACUUUAUUUGAAGGCGGAACUCGGGUCCCAGCAUUCGUAUGGAGUCCCCUCAUUCGUAGACCAAGGAGGGUUUUCCGCGGAAUCACUCAUAUUGUUGACUGGUUGCCGACUAUCUACCAUUUAGCCGGGGGUGAUGUAGCUUCUCUUGAUCAUCUAGAUGGUGUAAAUAUAUGGAGUUCGUUGUCUAACGAUGCACCGUCCCCACGCACUGAAAUCCUGUACAAUAUCGAUCCGGUAGACAGGAAUCUUGCCAUUCGUAUAGGCCGCUACAAACUUCUUUUCGGAAGACAAUCCAAUCUCACGGGAUGGUACGAUGGGCGAGGUUUCGGAUAUGUGUCACAUUUUGUCCUCGAGAAACACAUGGACCAGUCUGUUGUGGCGCGUAUAUUCAAAAAUCUUGGAUAUUGGUGGAAAGGCCCUGAGCAAAAUUACCAGAGUAAGCCUACUUGGCAAUGGCGUGAAAAUGCUCGCGUACAAUGUGGACGUCACCCGGAUGCACAGCCUUGUGUGCCGGGUGAACAACCUUGCCUCUUCGACCUCGCUAUCGAUCCCUGCGAGUAUAACAACAUAUACCAACAGUUCCGACAGAUUGCAGAUUACCUUCUUGCUCGAUUGGAGUUACAUGCUCGUAAUGCUCGACAUAUAAACAACAAACCGGAUGACGACAACUUUAGACCCAAUACCACAUGGGGGCCCUGGAUCUACUAAUACUUAACGUCCGACGCUAAAUUGAGUCCAACCAGAAUAUCCAACAAUGGGGUGAGUAUAUCUUGUAACGUCAAAAUGCUUGAGUUUCUGCCGUCGAACGAACUAUAGGUGUAGGUGAAUGCGCUUCACAAGGAGAUGCAUCUCAUCGGAACACCUCACAAAAGCGACCAAUUAAAGAAAAAUUAACUGAGGAUUGGUGAAUUUUAUGCUGUCAUCAAAAAUAUUUUCGUUCUCAGUAUUAUCUACACGAGGUGCUGCGAAGAUUAUCAUGGACGUUGCUGAAAUGCGCUCGAUCUAGUUUAACAGAAUAGUUAAGGCUUGAGAACCAGAAAACAUAAAUUGCCCAUAAUCCGCACCCUACUAUAGGAUUAUUUGCGCUUUAGUCACUAAGAUACGCCUUUAUUGGAUUCCAUACACAUGUGUACGCGCAUAAUGUGUUGUUUUGAUGAAGUAAAUCACUCCUCUGCUUUAACUGUAAAACUAUAAAUUAUGUAAUGACAAGCGAGAGACUACUCCACACUCGAUGAGAAAUAUAAAAGUAGAAAUAUACUUCGCGGAACUUCACGUUAACAAAAGCGCCCUAGAUCUUUUGCAAAUGCUUUUCACAAAUAGUACCAUAGGUCUGCUAAUAUGAGCAUCACGAAAUCAUUAUGAUUGAACUAAUUAUCUCUAGGACUGAGAACUUUGUUAAAUGGUGCCGAUGCAAUCGCUUGAACUAGUUUUUUUUUUUAGCUACACUCUUAAUUAGCCAGUAAUUAAGAGAUAUAUAUUUAACAGGACGAAAGGCACUACAUGAUAUUAUGCUGAAGAUAAUUAAAUGGGUUUGUUGAGUAUAAUUGUAAUCGUAUAAUCGAAUAUUUUUUUAAUUCGGCUCUUAAAUAAUUUUUUGCAGUAUUUUGCAAGCUUUGUUUUGCUGCCUGAACCAAAUGUUUCACCUUUGAAAUGUAUAUUACAUGUAUGUUAGUAUGUAGCGAAAUGCAAGCAGCUAUAGUCAGGAAAUUCUAAACACGUAAAUUAUAUAUAUGCUUCAAUUUACUAUCUACGAAAUUAUACGCGCAUAGUGACUGAAAGCUACGGGAAGUAACCUAUAAUAAAAACAAAUAACUUAUAUUUCAAAUAAGAAUACAGUCAAACAUUUUUGGGCAUUAGGUUGCUUCUAAGCCGACAGUGUUAUAGGAUAUUAGUAAGGGAGAAAUAGAGUAGGCGGGAGAUAGAUUUCAAAACCUUUAGGCAUAAGACUUCAUAAUAUAAUGCAAUAAAGACAAUCUUCUGUUUUUAUAUCUCGAUUUAAGGCCUGGAAAGUGAUCUUCCUCGAUGAUUUUUAGCAAACACUGGAAUGGUCUAGGCCUCAAUAAGGAGAAAUGGAACGCUUACUAUUUUCUCACUAG